AUAAUAAGAACGCGUCCAAAUUCAUGAUUUGUCUUCCUGUCAAUUUCAGGUAGCUCUUUCUGUAGUAUUGACUGCUGCUGGUUGUGUUAUAGCAGCACUAGGGGAUUUUUCCUUUGACCUUUUUGGAUACAGCAUGGCCCUUACUUCUGUCUUUUUCCAGACGAUGUACCUUGUGCUGGUUGAGAAAUCUGGUGCAGAAGAUGGGCUUUCUUCAAUUGAAAUCAUGUUUUAUAACAGUUUUCUGUCUCUUCCUUUUUUGCUAUCUCUUAUCAUAAUAACAGGAGAGUUUCCAAAUUCUGUGUCGGUAUUGUUUGCAAAGAGUAGUUCCUUAUCCUUUUUAAUCAUUCUACUUCUUUCAUUGGUGAUGGGCAUCCUCCUCAACUUUACAAUGUUCUUGUGUACAAUAGUUAACUCAGCCCUGACGACAACCAUUGUUGGAGUCCUGAAAGGCGUAGGAUCUACUACACUUGGCUUUGUUCUACUGGGUGGUGUUCAAGUACAUGCUCUGAAUAUUACUGGGCUGGUCAUCAACACAGCUGGUGGUGUGUGGUAUUCAUACGCCAAAUAUCAGCAGAAAAAGAGCAAGGCAUUGAGGCUGACUUCAAAUGUUGAAUCUCAUCGAAAAUGAGCCAGUUCAGGAAAAGAUUGGAGGUUGGUUAAUUUUCAUUAAUUUAUCUUUUUUAGCUGACUAAACAUCCUAAGCUGUCUAAUGAAUGUUCCAGGUCGGUAGUAAAACAAGGACGAAAUUGAGAUUUAACAUGUUCCGAUUUUUUAUAUUUGGUAUAGUAACUCUAUAGCAUUGAGACCAUUUGAUUGUGAAGGGAAGGGGAAGAGGAGUAGUAUGAAGUUUUUAAGGGAUACAAAUUAUCAGAUAUACAUGGGAAAAAUCUGCGUUAAAGAGCUUGAUUUUGUUGUUAAAACUGUUACUAGACUAUAUGAUAGUUACUCUUAUAUUCUUGAGACUUUUUAAUAAUCGACUACUGAUAAAUUUUUGUAAUUCAUUUGCAUGAAUAGAUACUCAACUAUUCUUCUAUCCUUUAA